AUCAGCAAAGCGCCCCGCCCACAUGGCCCCGAUCCGAUGUUAACAAGGCCACGAACAAACUAGCGUGUCCGAUCAAGAAUUAAAGUAGCUGCCAAAGAACGAUUGUACUUUUAUUGUUACAUUUUUUUGUGGUUUUACUGUUUGCCUGUGGAGGAUUUACCUCACCAGCUUUUUCGGAAGAAAAAAGAGCGCUAUAAAAAAUGCCGCAUCGAAAGAAGAAAGCCUUCAUUGAAAAGAAGAAGGCCGUGACCUUUCACCUUGUCCACCGCAGUCAGAGGGAUCCCCUGGCUGCUGACGAGAAAGCGCCACAACAUGUCCUCCUUCCUGCAGCAAAGGUGGACACGGAGAAGAGACACGAGGAGCAGAGGAAAUUUGGUGUCUUCUUUGAUGACGACUACGAUUACCUGCAGCACCUGAAGGAGCCAUCCGGCCAGUCAGAGCUGGUUGCUGCUGUUUCAUCGAACCGUGAUGGAGGAUCUGUUCAGUUCCUAAAUGAAGGGGACGAUGAGAUGGAGCAGGAGGAAGACAGUCCCGUUGCCACGCUGCACUUGCCUUCUUCUGUGUUCGCCUCAGAGUUUGAAGAGGAGGUGGGACUCCUGAACAAAGCUGCUCCCAUUUCUGGACCUCGCCUGGAUAUGGACCCCGACAUCGUUGCUGCCCUCGAUGACGACUUUGACUACGAAAACCCCAACAACAUUUUGGAUGACGACUUUAUCACAAAAGCAAACGGACCGGCGGGAGGCUUAGAAACAGAGGGGGAUCACGAUGAUGAUGACGAGUGGGAGGACACAGACGAAGAGGGCGAUUUCGGCUCCGAGGGCGGUUUUUCAGACGAGGAGCACACGGGAGGAGACGGCCGCGGUGGUGAAGACUUCCUGUUCAUGGACGAGGAGACGAAGAGCCGCUUCACAGAGUAUUCGCUGACGUCGUCUGUGAUGAGGAGGAGCGAGCAGCUCUCUCUGCUGGACGAUCGCUUCGAGAAGUUUUACGAACAGUUUGACGACGAUGAGAUCGGCGCUCUGGACAACGCGGAGCUGGAAGGCUUUAUCGAACCGGACAGCGCUCGGCUGGAGGAAGUCAUCAAGGACUACUUUACGGAAAAAGAGAAAAACUCGUUGAGGCCUGACGAUUUGGGUCCAAAGGAACUUCCUGUUCUGAAAGAGGAAGAUGAGGAGACGGACGAGGAGAUGGUUCCGGUUGUUAUCGAGCCUUCAGAAGAGAAAUGGGACUGCGAAACUAUCAUCAGUACAUAUUCCAACCUUUACAACCGUCCCAAAGUCAUCGAAGAACCAGCAAAGCCAAAGUCGAUCCGUGUGUCCAGUAAGACGGGGAUCCCUCUGGACGUUCUCCCCAACAGAGGACUCACAGCCAAACAGGCAGAACGCAUGACCCGGAUCAACGACUCGGACCUGCCGCGCGUCUCCACCCAGCCCCGAAACAAGGAAGAGAGCAAAGAGGAGAGGAAGGCAAGGAAGCAGCUCAUCAAGGACGAAAGGAAGGAAAGAAGGGCUGAAAAGAAAGCCAACAAGAUGGCGUUCAAGGAGGAAAAAGUACGGCAGGAGAAACAGAUGCUGAAUCUGAGGACGAACGUUCAAGGCUUGAAGCUGUAGGCAAAAACCAGGAUUUGCUUCAGAGCCGUUCGGUGGUCUCACUGCUCCUCACUUUGGUGAAGAUCCCAGAAUGGAGGCGACGCAAAGAAGGAGGACUCUGGGUUCAAAGAUCAGAGACAAAAGUAUUAAAAAGUGUAUAAAUGAGUGAAAUGCUUUAUUAAAAGCAGCUGAUGACAGAGAACUGUUUGUGCUGGACAAACGCUAUUGAUUUCCAUCUAAAGGUAAAUAAGUUCUGACGGUUUCCUGGUUUGUUGUUGAAGCCUGUGCUUCAAAAGAAUAGCAUAACAAUGAGUGGUCAUGGGGAUGAACUCUAAGCAAUUCAAAACCAAGCAGGAAGUACGGCUAUCUUUACUGUUGCAUCAGUUCACACUGGCGUGAAGCUGCCUUGCUCAUGGGAAGAGAUCCCCUGUUGAACCGACUUGUGAAUCUCCUCUGGAGUUUGUCAUUCUGCAUCUUCAUCUUUGCCCCUUCAGCUGCUCCCUUCAGGGCCCGUCCCAGCGAGUCGUAGCUUAUUCAAGAUUCCCAUGAUGCAUUAGGCUUUGGUUCUGCACAUUGACAAUAUCUGAGAACUGGAUCGAGUCAGUGUGACGUCACCCAUUGAAAAUGGUUAACUUCCAGCUCCCCCACCGAAUAGUCCAUUCAGUGGCCAUUUUUGUUGCAACACGACAAAUAAAACAAAUUGGUUCAAGUU